AAGAAUCAAAGCCUGAAAAAGCUAGUCCACAACCAAACCCUAUUAGUGUGUGAAUCUUUGUUAUUAUAACUAAAUAGUGCUAACUCAUGCAGCAACCAUCAUCGUAGAGAGAGAGAGAGAUGGAGGAGGGAACGACGGCGUCUCCACAAACGAAUGAUAAUAAUAACAAUAAUAAUAUUGCAAUGGAAUACGAAAUAGUGACUACUGCCUUCUCCUCCGGUCCACACCUCUCCGGUUUGAGUUCCGAUGGCCUUAUUCUCGGCCCCACCACCACGUCACCACCUUCUUCCGACGGCGGUUCGUGCUCCUCCCCUGGAUCCCCCGGUGACCCUAUCAAUCCUCCCAAACAGCCCUUCGUCAUUGGGGUCUCGGGAGGUACAGCAUCAGGCAAGACUACAGUGUGUGACAUGAUGAUUCAACAACUCCAUGAUCAUAGGGUUGUGCUAGUCAAUCAGGACUCAUUCUACCGUGGUUUAACAGAGGAAGAAUCAAAACAUGUACACGAGUAUAAUUUUGAUCACCCUGAUGCAUUUGACACAGAACAACUUUUAGAGUGUGUUGGCAAGCUCAAAUCUGGUCAGUCUGUUCAAGUUCCAAUAUAUGAUUUUAAGAAUCAUCAGCGAUUCUCUGACCGUUUUCGACAGGUCAAUGCAUCUGAUGUAAUCAUAUUGGAAGGAAUAUUGGUUUUUCAUGAUCAACGUGUCCGCAACUUGAUGAAUAUGAAGAUUUUCGUUGAUGCAGAUGCUGAUGUAAGGCUUGCCCGAAGAAUAAAGCGUGACACAGUUGACAGAGGUAGAGAUGUACACUCUGUUCUUGAACAGUAUUCAAAGUUUGUCAAGCCUGCUUUUGAUGGUUUCAUUCUUCCAUCAAAGAAAUAUGCUGAUGUCAUCAUACCCCGGGGUGGCGAUAAUCAUGUUGCAAUUGAUUUAAUUGUGCAACAUAUCCGCACAAAGCUUGGUCAGCAUAACCUCUGCAAGAUAUAUCCCAAUUUGAAUGUUAUUCAGUCCACAUUCCAGAUAAGAGGCAUGCACACUCUGAUUCGUGACAAGGAAAUAACAAAGCAUGAUUUUGUUUUUUAUUCAGAUCGUUUAAUACGUCUGGUAGUGGAACAUGGUCUUGGCUACUUGCCUUUUACAGAGAAGCAAGUAAUCACUCCUACAGGAUCAGUGUAUACCGGAGUUGACUUUUGCAAGAAAUUAUGUGGUGUUUCUGUUAUUCGAAGUGGGGAAAGUAUGGAGAAUGCACUGCGUGCAUGCUGCAAAGGAAUCAAGAUAGGAAAAAUCCUCAUCCAUCGUACUGGUGAUAAUAAAAAACAGCUUAUAUAUGAGAAGCUUCCAAAAGAUAUUUCAGAACGGCAUGUCCUCCUCAUGGAUCCAGUUCUCGCAACAGGUAAUUCUGCGAGCCAAGCAAUUGAACUCCUUACACGAAAGGGAGUUCCAGAGUCUCGAAUUAUAUUCCUCAACCUCAUCUCUGCUCCUGAGGGUAUACAUCGUGUAUGCAAACAGUUUCCAUUUCUAAAAAUUGUAACUUCAGAGAUUGAUGCUGGACUAAACGAUCAAUUCCGUGUCAUACCAGGGAUGGGAGAGUUUGGCGAUCGCUACUUUGGUACUGAUGAUUUUUAAUUUGACCAUUGUAGAUGGAUUCAAAUAUAUACCAUUAUGAUUUACGAGAACUGAAGUUCAUAGUAAUUAAUUUGCAUAGCAGAAGCUGUUAUGUUGUUAUGUCAGAUUUGCAUACCACUCAAAUCAAAUGUGGUAUACUUAUCUAUAGGAAAUAAGUUUUGGGAAAACAAUGAGGAAAGCCAUUUUCUAUUUUA